GUACCCCCUUCGAGAACACCCAGUGCCGCGCCUGCCCCCGCGGCUUCUUCUCUUCCUCCAACUCCAGCACCAAGCCGUGCCAGCCGCACCAGAACUGUGAGCAGCAAGGGAAGGUGACCAACGUGCAGGGCAACCAGUACCACGACACCCUCUGCACCUCCUGCAGACUGGGGAGAAGCAACAGCACGCAGGGACCAGCUCUAGGAGACGACGACUGUGAGCAAGCCAUGAUAGACUUCAGGCCUUACCUCCCCCCCCUCAAAGAGGGGCACUACGAGGUCACCAAGGAGCUGCGGGACGCGCUGCGAGCCGCCAAGCUGCACUCCAUCGAGGAGAAGGUCCGCGAGCGCUUCCUCCUGUACUGA